CUUGCUGCCAGGGUUCGGGGACUCGACAGGUAAACCCACGGAGGAGGGGCUGAUUGCAGACACUGUUUGUGUUUAUGAAUGGACCAAGGCGAGAAGUGGUACCACCCCCGUGUGUUUCUGGGGCCACUCUCUGGGUACAGCAGUUGCAACAAAUGCUGCAAAAGUUCUGGAAGAGAAAGAUUUACCGGAACCUUCCAGGAUUUUUACGCACAAUUAUGGAUGCCCUGAGGAAAGACAAAAUAGUCUUCCCCAAUGAUGAAAAUGUUAAAUUCCUGUCUUCUCCCCUUCUCAUCCUACAUGGUGAGGAUGACAAAACAGUGCCUGUGGAGUUUGGAAGAAAGCUCUAUGAAAUUGCUCACAGCGCAUACAGGAACAAAGAGAGGGUCAGGAUGGUGAUCUUUCCUCCCGGCUUCCAACACAACUUCCUCUGUAAAUGCCCCAUGCUGUUAAAAACGGUGAGAGAUUUCCUGAGCCAGCAGUGGGCAUGAGGUCUGAGAGCAGUGGAGAGUGAAGACUUGGUCCAAACACCGCCUGUGAUGUGUAUUUUAAAUGUAAAAUUGUCCUGGGCUGCUUGGAUAAGCCGAAGUCAUUGGCAUUUCUACAAGUCACUUGUCAUUUUAGUAAGGGAAAACAUGGAUGCUGGGCAUCAGGGAAUGUUCUCAUUCAGCUAUCACAUUCUACUUUGUGGAACAUGCUGAAACUUCACUGUGGAGAGUCAGAGUUUGGUAAAAAUUGGAUCCCAUCUAAAAAUGUAUAGUUACCAAACAUUCUGGGGAUAUUUGUGGAUUAGGUGGUCUUCGAUUUGGACUUAGACAGCAGUAUAAGAAAGGUGCUCCAAUGUAGUUAAAUAAUUUGUAUUUCAGUUUAGUUAACUUAAAUGGCAUUAAAAAGUUCCAAGCAAUUUUCUAAGCUUUCAGCAUUGCACUGGGGAAAGUCCUUGUGUGCUACUCAGUCUGCUACAAAAUAGUGAGUUUUGGCACCCAUGAAGCCUUUGGGAAUUGACAAUUUAUUUUUAGCCCUAAUAGAGUCAUACACUUUCCCCUCUCAAUUCCUGGAGAUACUUAAUGGAUUAUUAGCUAACAAAAUAAAA